UAACAAACUAGCCCCCCCCAUCUCCUAUAUCUUGCUCGUUUCUAAUACAUAAGAUGGCCCCAAUUACCAUCAAGGCAAGAGGUAUCCUCUUCGAUCUCGACGGUACUUUGAUCAGCUCGACAACGAUAUGCGAGUCUGUAUGGCAUAAGUGGGCGGAAGUGUACCCCGUCGAUCUUACAGAGGUGUUCAAGAGUUCUCACGGUAUCAGGACCAGAGAACUGCUGCGCCACUGGCUCAACAUCACUGAUCCGGUGGAGCUUGAGACAGCCACUGAGAAGUUUGAGACCGACGUACUCAAAGAGGCCCAACGGCUUGCGUCGAUUGGUAAAGGUGGAAUUACUUUACUCCCCGGGGUUGAGAAGCUCUUACUAGCCCUCAAUGCAGCCUCUAAGGAUGCUGCGAGAUGGGCUAUUGUCACUUCUGCGACCAAUGCGUAUGCCACCAAUGCCAUCACCACUCUUUCUCUCCCCAGGACUUCUCAUCUUAUCACCGCAGAUGAGGUUUCACAAGGCAAGCCCCACCCCGAGCCAUACAUCAUGGGUGCUGCAGCCCUUGGAUUGAAGCCAACAGACUGUAUCGUCUUUGAGGAUGCCCCAUCAGGAGUGAAAGCAGGAGUUGCGAGUGGCGCACGAGUGGUUGCGGUUUGCACCAGUCACAAAAGGUCAGCUUUGGAGGGAUUAGGUGCGCAUUUGAUCGUUGAGAACCUUUCAGACAUCAAUCUUGACACUGAAGGGGACGAGGUUACUAUCAUAUUUCCCAACUAAUUAUCAUCAUACGUACAUCAAAUUUAUCUAGGGUUAUCAGUGGGAUCAUCUGAAUUACUGCUUCCAUCGUUCGGUAUGCUACAUUUUGCAUCAGUGAGCAACAAGAGCCUUGCUUUCGUCUAGUGUAUACGUAAAAGAAGAUCGGCAUGAGCAUGCUUCACCUCGGUCAUCACCGACGUGACAUUUUUGGCACCCAGGGCUCUGGCGGACUCUUUCGUUUGUAGGGCGAACAUCCAAGGGAACAGGCUGAAGGUCAUGGGCUGGACGCCCAAGUAUACCACUGAUAACUUGUUCAUUCAAGUGGAAGAGGAGGCAAGGUAUAUUUCGCAACAGCUGGAUCGAUCUUAAUUAUUGGAAAUUGAAGAUUGUAAGGAAUGGGUAAGAAUUUAGUCUCUGAUAGCCAGAACAGAUU